UGGGCUCAUGUGUGUAUUGUUUAAACUGCUCAAAUGUGACUGGCUUUUCCAGAGCCAUCAAAACUUUCACCAAGCGAGCGAUGGCGGCUGUCGUGUCUGGAAGCGCAAACGCCAAAGAAGAACGCACAGACACAGCGCUCGGCUUCGUCCCCCGUCCGCUCCACAAAAACCACGACCUCGAAAACCGGAGGCCCGGAGAGAGCCGCUGGCAGGCGGAACUCGAAGCCGGCGAGGAGGUCCCGACCCCGGGACGCGAGGGUCAGGAGCGGGCGGCCGACGGAGACUUGAUACCGCUGAGCCCCCAAGAGAUUCAGAGCCGCUUGGAGAGAACUCGACGGGAGUUUUACAACCGCAGGAAGAUCAUCAUCAAAAAUCUGCCGUCUGACGUCAGCAAUCAGGAGGUCCAUGAGCUGCUGGGCAAUUAUGACUUGAAAUACUGCUUUGUAGACAAAUACAAGGGCACAGCCUUCGUGACGCUCCUCAACGGUGAGCAGGCGCAGAGCGCCAUCAAAGAGUUCCACCAGCAUGUUCUCCGCGACCGGGACAUCUCGGUGCAGCUGCAGCCCACCGACGCCCUGCUGUGCAUCGCCAACCUGCCGCGCUCCUUCACCCAGCAGCAGUUCGAAGAGCUGGUGCGUCCUUUCGGCAAUCUGGAGCGCUGCUUCCUGGUGUACCGGGCGUCCAGCGGCCGUUCCAAAGGCUAUGGCUUCGUGGAGUACAUGAAGAAGGACUCGGCGGCCCGGGCCAAGUCGGAGCUGCUCGGGAAGCAGCUGGGCUCGCGAAUGCUCUACGUGCACUGGACUGAGGUGGGCUCGCUCACGUACCCGCUGCUGCACUCCAAGUGUCUCUGUGUGGAUCGCCUGCCUCAGAGUGUUCUGACCGCCCAAGACCUCCGUAAUGCGCUGGCCGAUGCCCACCCUCCAGUUUUCUGUCAGUUGGCUCAGGGACAAGACGGAAGUUUCCGGCGCUUUGCGGUGCUGGAGUUCGCCACAGCCGACAUGGCCGAGGAGGCUCAGCAGUUGUCAGACGGCAGGUUGGUGGGCGGCACGCACAUCAGGACAUCCUUCUGCGCCCCCGGCCCGCCCGGCCGGAGCAUGCUUGCUGCUCUGAUUGCGGCCCAGACCAUGGCUGUGAACAGGGGCAAGGGUCUCCUCCCGGACCCCACUGCCAUGCAGAUCCUCUCGGGCCUCAACAACCCGGCCGCCCUCCAGAUGCUGCUCAACCCGCUGUCGCAGGGUCCCAAACAAGGUCUCCUCGGGGCAGCCCCCGCUAUGCCGCUGCUCGCCAACCCCGCCCUCCCUGCCAUGCUGCUCCAGUUGCUGCUUCAGAAUCAGGCGAAAGCCCAGCAGGCAGGACUCGUGGCGGAGAAUCCUCUGGCCCCUCUUCCAGUCCAGCAGGGAAUCCAUCUGCUCGGAGAGCUUCCCCAAGGUGGUGUAGUUUCUGGUCUUGACCCGCUGGCCCCAUUAAAACCGGCGUCUCUGAGCAGAGCGAUGGCAAGGGAUCAGGAGUCUCCCAGCUUCCCGCAGACUCCCGCUCUGCAGGGUCUUUCUGUCCCGCUGCUGGCCGGACUGAUGGGGCCAGACGGCCUCGCGGCGCAGACGGUCUCCAUCCUCGGAGACCCAAACAAAGAUGUGACUCCUCCGCAUAGUUCAUUUCUCUCUGUCAACAACGGGUUUCCUUCAGGAGCCAACUGCAGACCUCACCCAUACAGGAAGAGACCCACGCUAAGUAAUGUGUCCAACCAGCACUCCAGCUACAACCUGCGCUACCAGGACUCCUACAAUGCUGAGUAUCCUCCUCUUCACCAGGAUCACCUGCCGCACUUGUACGAGGAGCAGGAGAAUCGCCACAUGGUGGACUUGACAAGCUUUGGACGGCAGGCCUCUCCUCCAUCAGACUUGAGCCAGCACCACUUCACUUACCCGCCCAGCACGCCCCCGUCCUCGUAUUUCAGCUCGGACGCCUCCGCUAAUGGCUGCCUGCCUUCCAGCCAGCUCAACAGGGCUGUGGGGAUGCCUCCUGUGAGCCACACCUCUGGCUACCCUCCAGGACUUGUCAACAUGAUGAAGACUCCCAUCGGGAGCCACAAGCGCGUCUUCUCCCGCCUCAUCCCACCUCCGGAGCCCAGCCCCGAGGGCGGCUACGUGGGCCAGCAUUCUCAGGGCCUGGGCGGCCAUUACGCAGACUCCUACCUGAAGCGCAAGCGCAUCUUCUAGAAGGGAAAAACAAAAGAACACAAAAUGGCGCCGCGGGAAGCCAGGAUGUGAUGGAAUCUCCUCCUCGGACCGGCAGUCCUUCCAAAUGUCUCCUGUCGGAAUUCUUGGUGGUUUUUUUUUUUUUUUUUUUUUUU